AUGACGGGUUCCAAGUUUGUUCUCGGGCCUUGGGUGCGUUUGGAGGGAAUCUCUAUCAACCAAUUACCCAGUGCAGGAAAGGGUGUGCAGCCAAGCAAUCCUGCUUCCUCGACGGAGAAAUUCAGCGAUGGGUCUGGGGCAACAGCUGCUCCCACGUUGAAAGCCUUCAUCACGAGUGUUCUUUCAGAAUCAAUUCCCUUCGUCGAUGGCGUUGCGCCAAAAUCUGGUGGCGCAUCGGAGUGGAAAGUCAAAGGGUCACCGAAGAAAUUCCCGAAUUCAGAAGCUCCGGUCCAUCUCUACGAAAAGACGGUAUCAGGGAAGGAUUUGGAUAAAGUGGAGGGGAUGAGUCAGUACAGUGCGGAUAGAAAGGAUGAGACUUGGUUUUGCAGGAGAAGUUGUCACAGGAAUUCGACUGAGGAGAGGACUGCUAGUUGGGCGGAGUUCGUACACAGUUUCAAGGAGCACCACGCGCAGUCAGAAGAAGCUUUCACACCAACUGUUAUUGGAGCUAGAGAAGCCAUGAGAUGGGAUGCAAGUGGCAUUGAUGUCCAGGUACAUGGUGGACACUGGACGAACAUCACCGUUGCGGUGGAAGAGAUGAAACACAAGAUCGACCCAAAGCCUCUGAAAAAUCGGACAUUUCCUGUAGUACAAGUGGCGGCGAUGCUCGAAGGCAAUGAGGAGUUCCUCGUCGUUUCGAUACCACUCAAUGACUUCGACAAAUCACCGUACGCAGAGUUUGCAAGGGACAAGAGCUUGGUUACGGCGGCUUACACAUCAAUAGAGCGGAUUCGUGUACUUCCAAGCAACGGAGACGUGGAGUGGAUCAUGGCAACAGCUUCAGAUGCAGGUGGUGUCCUUCCUCAAUGGAUGCAGAAUUUGGCUGUCCCGGGAGCAAUAGCUAAAGAUGUUGAGCUUUUCUUGUCGUGGAUUCCAAGGCAGCGCGGCGAAUCCAUACCAGCCCCCAGUUCAAAGUCAGAGGGCCCAGAAAAGUCACUUCCACCUGCACCAGCGUCGAGCAACGAUGCACCACCGCCAAUAUCGAAAACAGAAUUCAAUCCCGGGAUCACGAGACGGGAAUCUUCGAAUAAGGAGUUGCCAGCUGCUCCACCUCAGUAAUCUCUUGUAAUAUCAUGCACUUCAGAGUAUAUGUUAGAAUAGCGAAAAUGGAAGGCUUGCAAGGAACCAUUUGGAAAGUUUACCAUAGUUAUCCACUCUUUGAUCUCUCCUCCCAUAGGUUGUGAAUUGCCAUGGCGGUCCCCUCAAGUAUGAGUUGGUGCUCUUCGGC